CGUCCAACAACCGUUCUUAAGAACCACUUCCCUCUCCGCUGCUCUGCCCGUCUCUCUCUCUCUCUCUCUCUCUCUCUCUCUCUCUCUCAAAAGCAAUUCAUGUCGUUCUUGAACAUAGGUAAGAAGCUUCUGCCCGCUGGAAAGGCGUUGAAGGGCAUAACCUCCACUCUCCAAGCAAAACUCCAUAAGCUCAAACGCUCCAAAUCCAUAAAAAAGGCCACCACUCGUCUCGGCUCCACCCUCUCCACAUUCCUCCCCCACCGCUAUCUUCGUUCAUCUCCUCAUCAUCGAGAUAGAAAAAAACCUCGACUCCAAACACCCACCACCCUUCGGCCCCACCGCCAUUACAACCACCUUCAUCAGAGCUUCGCACCUGUAUACAUCGACGACCUCUUCAACGAGCCCGCCUCGGCACCCGUGAAGCUCGUCGAGCCACCGCCGUCUACAAGCAAGGCAGGUGAGAAGUCUGCUGCACCGAGCGCUUCGGUAGUGGUCGAUGGACCGAAGGCUUCUGCAGCAGCGGCGGAACUGCAACUGUGGGGAGUGGAUGAGAGAGCUGAGCGGUUCAUUGCCAAGUUCAAGGAAGAUAUGAGGCUCCAGAGGCAGAGAUCCUUUGGAGAGUACCAGGAGAUGCUGACACGUGGCAUGUAGCGUCAUCUGAUGCAUGCCACGUGUUUUCCUGUAUUUCAGAGACCCUCUUUCCUUUGUAUUCCGUAUACAGUUGUAUCUUCUU